AUGGCAGAGGAUAAGAGAGAUCAAAAGCCAUUUUCUUACGAGAAAUCCAAAACGUUUUCAUGUAACUCACAUUCUUCGUCUUUGUUUAGGCUUAUCUCCAAGCUAGUCUUAACUUUCGCCGUUAUAUUCUGCAUCCAAUUCGUUUUCUACUCUUUUGAUUUCACCUCCUACACUCCACCUCGAUCUCUCAUGAAAAUCGCUGUUUCACCCCUCGGAUCCGAAUCCGGAUCUUACACGAGUCCAAAACCGGAAGAAACAACGGAGAUAAAGCACGUAGUCUUCGGGAUCGCUGCGUCUGCGAAGCUGUGGAAACACAGAAGAGACUACGUGAAGCUCUGGUGGAAACCCAACGGAGAAAUGAACGGUGUCGUUUGGUUAGACAAACACAUUGACGUUAACGACACAGGUUUGCCACCUAUCCAAAUAUCUUCGGACACGACAAGGUUCAACUACAAAUACCCAAAGGGCAACCGAGCAGCGCUCAGACUCACACGGAUCGUGUCGGAGACAGUGAGGCUAUUAAACGGAACAGAGUCUGAGAAAAACGUGAGGUGGAUUGUGAUGGGAGACGAUGACACCGUGUUUUUCACGGAGAAUCUCGUUAGGGUUCUUAGAAAAUACGAUCACAAGCAGUUCUAUUACAUUGGAAGCUCCUCGGAGAGUCACAUUCAGAAUCUUAAAUUCUCUUACGGGAUGGCUUAUGGUGGAGGAGGAUUCGCCAUUAGCUACCCUUUGGCUAAGGCGUUGGAGAAGAUGCAAGAUCGUUGUAUUCAGAGAUACCCCGAAUUGUACGGCUCCGAUGAUCGGAUUCAUGCUUGUAUGGCGGAGCUUGGUGUUCCUUUGACUAGAGAAGUUGGGUUUCAUCAGUUUGAUUUAUAUGGGAAACUCCUGGGCCUGUUAUCAGCCCAUCCAUUAGCCCCAAUUGUCUCCAUGCAUCAUCUAGACAUAGUGGAUCCAGUAUUCCCAAACAUGGGCCGAGUCAACGCCAUGAAACGUCUCAUGGUUCCAGCCAAACUUGAUUCAGCCAGCCUCACUCAGCAAUCAGUUUGUUAUGACACUGAACACCGUUGGACCGUGUCUGUCUCAUGGGGAUACACAGUUCAGAUUAUACGUGGUAUAUUGUCAGCUAGAGAGAUGGAGAUCCCGACACGCACAUUUAUAGAUUGGUACAAACGCGGAGACGACAAAAGCUAUGCCUUUAACACACGUCUUUUCAGCAAAAACAUGUGUCAACGUCCACGCGUGUACUUCCUCUCCAACGCGCUUCCUGAUUCGGCCUUACACAGAACUGCAAGCGAGUACGUGAGGUGGUAUGACAUGUGGGAUCCUGAAUGUGACUGGGAUAUGUCGGAUCCUUCUGAUAUCGAACGGGUUAUAGUUUAUAAAAAAUUUGAUCCCGAUAGAUGGAACAAAAAUAAGGCUCCGAGAAGAGAUUGUUGUAGAAUAUUGCCUACGAAAAGGAAUGGGACGAUGGUGAUUGAUGUUGGAGCUUGUGAAGAUAAUGAAAUUGUUGAGUUCCCUGUCAAAUAG